CCGGGGCCGCGCUGCCCGCAUUCUCCGUCGGCUUCUUGCGGCCGAAAGGCCCGAGCGGCCGGGAGAGUCUGACCUAGAUAUCCGUGUCGCCCGGUGCGAGCGGGAUGGCUGCGGAAGAAGAGGACGAGGUGGAGUGGGUGGUGGAGAGCAUCGCUGGGUUCCUGCGGGGCCCGGAUUGGUCCAUCCCCAUCUUGGACUUUGUGGAGCAGAAAUGCGAAGUUUUUGAUGAUGAAGAAGAAAGCAAAUUGACCUAUACAGAAAUUCAUCAAGAAUACAAAGAGCUAGUUGAAAAGCUGUUAGAAAGUUACCUCAAAGAAAUUGGAAUUAAUGAAGAUCAGUUUCAAGAAGCAUGCACCUCCCCUCUGGCAAAGACACGCACAUCACAGGCCAUUUUGCAGCCCGUGCUGGCGGCAGAGGACUUCACUAUCUUUAAAGCAAUGAUGGUUCAGAAAAACAUUGAGAUGCAGCUUCAAGCCAUCCGGAUAAUCCAGGAGAGGAAUGGUGUGUUACCUGACUGCUUAACUGAUGGUGCCGAUGUAGUCAGUGAUCUUGAACAGGAAGAGAUGAAAAUCCUGAGGGAAGUCCUCAGAAAAUCAAAAGAAGAAUAUGACCAGGAAGAAGAAAGGAAACGAAAAAAGCAGACAUCAGAGGCUAAAAUGGAAGAGCUGCCAAUGUAUACUAGUGAAGCUGCAAACAUGAGUAAUUCCCAGGGAGAUGGUGGACAUUUUGUACAGCCUCCCACAGAAGUUAAAGUGCAUUUUGCUAAUCAGUCAGUACAACCCAUGGCAAGAAAGAUGGAGCUGUUGCCUGAAACUUCCUCCCUCCCACAAAAAGGUCUGAAGAUUCCUGGCUUAGAACAUUCAAGCAUGGAAGGACCAAUAGCAAAUUUGUCAGCACUUGGAACAGAAGAGUUACGGCAACGGGAGCACUAUCUCAAGCAGAAGAGAGAUAAGCUGAUGUCCAUGAGAAAGGAUAUGAGGGCAAAACAGAUGCAGAGUACUGAGCAAAAAGGAAAGCCUACCAGGGAGGUGGAGGAAAUGACAGAGAAGCCAGAAAUGACAGCAGAGGAGAAACAGACAUUACUAAAGAGGCGGCUGCUUGCAGAGAAACUUAAAGAAGAAGUUAUUAAUAAGUAAUAUGAAGAGUUAGCAGAACAGAAGCCCAGUUUUCUUAAAAAUAAAUUAUUUAAUCCUUAAACAAA